UGAGGUUUUUAGUUGGAGGAGGAGGAGAGGGAGAGAGUGAGAGUGAAGAACAAAGAGAGAGAAGGCAUGAUGUUUUCUUGAGGGAGGGAGAGAGAGAGUUAAGGUCGUUUUGGUAGUUAGAGGGGGCAUAUUGCGCUCUACCACUAUGGGUUGGUUGGUUCCUGUUGCGACUCUUGUAGUGAGGAGAGAAUUGGAUCCUAUGCGGUUAAGUGUUCAGGUUUGAAAGGAUGUUAAAUGAGAUGUUAAGUCACUUGGAGCGGCAACCAAGGGACAAGGAGCGCCGUGUUGCAUGGCUCAAAUAUAUCGAUCCACUUUUGAGUGCUGUUGGUCUUGUGUUAUUAGCACAUUUUAGGCGUAUAUUUCCCCUUAUUCUUAAGUGGAUGCAUGCUGAUGAUGAUGAGACUGUUCUACUGGUUCUGGAACGGAUCCAGACUAUUUUAAAGUUAACGUGGAUAAGGAACACACCAUAUGUUGGAAGGUUGGUUGACGAACUCAUGAUUUUGUAUAAAGAGGCUGCAAUGAAAAGGGCUCGUGAAGAAGUUAGAAUGCAUAUUCUUCAGAUACUGAUCUUACUCCAGCAAUGCAAAGGUAUGCAAUUUGAAGCAGCCUGGGGCAAGCACAAGGACGAUCCAAACUUGGCAAAUCUUGAGUCAUCUUUAAGUGGAAGAGGCGCAGCAACGGUAAAAACCAUGCUCUUUAUUACUGCACGUUUGUGACAAUUGCAGUGCAGUUGUCAUCACAGGGUUCAAAGCCAUUGAGAACUUACUGAGCUUGCCAUUCCAUUUCGUGAGUUACUUGGUCCAAAUGUCUGGCUGUCAGUGAUAUUUGGAAAACAAGCUAUUCAAGUUGCACCUAUGCAGCUUUGUGUGUAUGUGUGAGUGGGUGGGGAUGUAGUCUUUGAGUUCCAUUUCUUUCCAAUCUUUCUAAUACUUUUUUCUCAUACUGCCCCUAUGUCCAAUUUUAAUACCUUAUCUACUAUCUUCUGUCUAAUUAAUCUGUGAAAAUGUGACGCAGGUCGUUCAAUGAUCAUAUGGAAAGGAAUCUUGAGUCCUACGAAAUGAAUUCUUGUCAAUGUUCAUUGGAAUGUUUAUGUGCAAUUGAUGUAAAUUAAUCAUUUUGGGAACCAUGUACAUGUAAUUGUAAGCAUUAAUAUAACUUGCGAUAUUUUAAUUGGUCUUAGACA